UUCUUCUUGGAUAGACAAAUGACUGCUGAGAUUGUGCCUGGAAUAUUGACUGUCUCAAUCCUUGUGGGGAUCUGCUUUGCAAAGAAUAUUCCUGCUAGUUUUGUUUUUGGAGAUUCCUUGGUUGAUGUAGGAAACAAUAACUACAUUGUUUCACUCUCCAAGGCUAAUUUUCUUCCCAAUGGGAUCGAUUUUGGAAUGCCUACAGGACGAUACACAAAUGGAAGAACAAUUGUCGACAUCAUAGGUCAGGAAUUGGGUCUCAAAGACUUCACUCCUCCCUACUUGGCUCCAUCUACAGCAGGGCUUGUACUUCUGCAGGGUGUCAAUUACGCCUCUGGUGGAAGUGGAAUUCUUAAUGCCACUGGAAAGUUCUUUGGAGGCCCAAUCAACCUGGGCGCACAGAUGGAUAAUUUUGCAAACACAAGACAAGACAUAAUCUCGAACAUUGGUGCUCCUGCGGCUCUAAAAUUGUCUGGAACAUCCUUGUUCUCAGUUACAAUCGGCUCAAAUGACUUCAUCAAUAACUACCUGAUUCCUGUCCUCUCAGUUCCUGAACAGAAGUUAAUUUCACCGGAAAUGUUUGUUGACACCAUGAUUUCCAGAUACAGACUACAACUAACGGGACUCUACAACUUGGGUGCUAGAAAGAUUGUGGUGGUAAAUGUAGGACCCAUUGGGUGUAUACCAUAUGAGAGGGAUUCAAAUCCAUCUGCAGGAGACAAUUGUGUUAAUUUGCCGAAUCAAUUAGCUCAACAAUUCAACACCCAGUUGAAAAGCCUUGUCACAGAGCUCAGCACUGAUCUGCAGGGAUCACAAUUUGCCUAUGCAGAUGUUUAUCACAUUGUACAAGAUAUCCUCCAAAACUUCAUAUCAUAUGGUUUUGAGAAUGCAAAUUCUGCUUGCUGCUAUGUUUCUGGGCGGCAUGGGGGAUUGAUCCCCUGUGUUCCUCAAUCAAAAGUUUGUGGGGACAGAUCAAAGUAUGUGUUCUGGGAUCCAUACCAUCCGUCUGAUGCUUCAAAUGUCAUCAUUGCCAGGCGUCUCUUGGAUGGUGACUCCAAUGACAUCACACCAAUCAACAUCAGGCAACUUGCUGGAUUGUGAUCUUAAAGAUUGCAAAGAGCUUUCAAAGGAUGAGUUGAU